GCCCGACGGGGCCCUGAUCUCGCCCGGGGUCUGGGCGGCGCCCGGCGCAAUCUGAGCAGGGACGUGACAGAACUGCCCGGGGGGAAGGGGUUGGGUGAGUUAAGGCUGGCUCAGUGGGGCCGGACUGCCCUGACAAGUUCCCUGCCAGCUUUUCCUUGACCCGGCGCCCAGCUGCUGGCGUGCUGCCUGAAUGCGGCCUGCAUGGGGCUGAUGGACGCUGGCCUGCCCAUGAAGUCGCUCUUCUGCGGGGUGACGUGCGCCCUGGACGCCACCGGGGCCAUCAGCCUCGACCCCACGGCCAAGCAGGAGAAGGAGGCUCGGGCCGUGCUGACCUUCGCCAUCAGCAGCGUGGAGCAGCAGGUGCUUAUGUCCACCAGCAAGGGGACGUGCUCGGUGGAGGAGCUGCAGCAGUGUAUCGCGGCCGCCCAGCGGGCCAGCGGCACCAUCUUCCAGUUCUACCGGGACUCCGUCCGCAGGAAAUACUCCAAGGCGUGAGGCCCCGGAUCCGUCAAACCGCUCCCGGUUCCUGCCCGGCCGUGCAGGCUGCGUCCGGAUCACCCCAAACCCGGCGUUUACCACCAUGAACUCUGUGCUGCGGUGCCCAUUAAAAAGGGGGUGUCCCCCCCGUGUGUCCAGCCA